AUGGCUUAAGAAGAAAUUACAUUUUACAAUUUAGAUGAAUUUUUAAGCUCUUCAUUUUCAUCUCAUAAGAAAAUCAAUAUUGAGUUCAGAUGGUAAAAACUAGGAGAUGAAAAAGUCUCUUGCCUGUUUUCUGCAAUAGAAAAAUGCACUUAUCUUACUCAUUUAGUCUUAGACUUAAGCAAUAACAAAAUUGGAGAAUAAGGAGCUUCAAAUUUAGGCAGUUCUUUAGCAAAGUGUAUUAAUCUCUAAAGUUUGAUAUUGUCUUUGGACGACAACAAAAUUGGAAAUUAAAAUGUCUAGAAUUUAGGUUUAGCUUUAAAAAACCUUAAAAAUAUCUCUAUUUUGAAUAUAUGCUUGAACUCAAAUUAAAUUGGAUUUGAAGGAAUAAAAGGUUUUAGUUCUGCUUUGUAAGGUUGCACGAAUCUUAUAGAUUUAACUUUUACAAAUAGUAACAAUAAUUUCGGUGAUUAAGGCUUAUUGGAUAUUGGUUCUGGUAUUGCAGAUUGCAUUAGUAUCAAGAAACUGACACUCUCAGUUACUUCAAAUCAGUAUAAAUCAAAAAGUUUAGCAUAUUUUGGCUAAUCUCUAUCUAGAGGCAAAUUCUAAAUCCUGGAUCUCUACGUUGGUUGGGAUAUUAUUAAUUAAGAAGACAUAAUAGAUUUUGGUUCCUAUUUAGCGAAUUGUACUCAAUUAAAAUCACUUUAUCUCAGCAUGACAGGUAUAGGUAUGAAAAGUGAGGCUGCAUCAGGUUUAAUUUCUGCUUUAUCAAGCUGUAAACCUCUAUAAAAUUUGGUUCUUUGUUUAAACUACAAUGAAAUUAAUGAUGUAUCUACUAUUGGUUCUAGUCUAAUUAAGUUUUAGUAUCUAUAAUCACUUCACAUAGAUUUAUGUUGCAAUCCAAUUUUUGUUAUGACAGAUCAAAUAAAGAGUAAAAGUCUCAAAUUAAAGAGAUUAGUUAAGAGAAGUAUUCGUUUUUUUUGA